AUGGAGGGCACACAGAAGCCACAGGUUAUGAGGACGUCAGGAGUAGAUCUAUUGGUCGGCAUCGCUGAGAUAUUGCUCGAGCUGCGCCGGGUGGUGGAUGGUGAGGCGCUCUAUGCGGCAGUGAAAAACUUCAGGCGCUGGAAUCGCUUGGUUAGAAAGCCGCUGGCAGUGAGUAGUUACUCGCUUUCCCCCCAGCAGGCGGAGGAUCUGCUCGGCCCGGUGGGGAUGCCGUCGACCCUCAUCCGGCGCACCUUUGACGCCUUCGCCAGGCGCCGACAACGUUCCUGCUCCUGGUCGCGGGCCCGAGGGGAGGCCCCGGGACGGCGGGUUGACGCCCUGGAGCUGUUUUCCGGGCUUGCGCUGACCUGCAGGGCAACCGUGAAGGGCAAGCUGUCGCUGCUGUUCUCGCUGUUCGACUCCGGCGAAACCGGUGUCCUCACGGUGGACGACCUUGGUGCGAUGAUUUCGUCUUGUGGGUCGUUUCUGCGCAACAUAGGACUGUGUCUCCCGAUCUUCGGCGACGAGGCCGCUUUUUUUGCAGGAGGCGCGUUCGGCCUAGAACAGGGGCGGAUAGUGGACUCUUCUAGCAGUGGGCUGGAGUGUGAUGCCGAUGAGAUAAGCCUGCCUGUCUUCCUAGCUUGGGCGCAGCGGGCGGAGUUGCCAGCUCGUGCUCUGGAGCUGCUGGCGUUACCGCAUCGGCUUUCGAGGACUGUCGAUUUGCUCUUGGCCAAGGCUGACUCAGUGCUGCAAGAACGAUAUGUUCCCGGGAGAAAAACUACGAAGUAUUUCUCGAAAGGCAUCGAGAAUUCGACGGAGGAAUGUUCACCUACACGUGUACCGACGCCAUUGACCCGCAAAACUGUUCUGGAACAGCAAAAGGUGGGAGAAGACAACCAUCGGCGGGAACGCGACGUCAGCUUUGGCCAAAGCCCCCUUGUGCUCCCUCCAGUACUGUGCGGGGUUCGUGCCCAUCUAGCCCAAAUUAUGCUCGAGCUGAGAGCGGCGACAGACCAUCGCGUGAAGAUUUCUUGGGGCAUCGACGACGACGCUGAAACCCCCAAGAGUAAGGUGGCACUGCGUAGCUUCCACGGUGACCAACACCGCAGGAUAGAGUGUGCAACACUCCGAUUUACCACACUCCCAGAAGACGCUGUGGUGAUCCACCCGGCCUCAGAAAGCAAAGAAACGCUUCCAUUGAGGCAGGAACCCUAUCUAGGAAAGAGCUGCACGAUCCUAGCGGAACGGCGAUGCAUCAAGCUGCUUCCUGUGCCUGGAAAGUCAAGCAAGUUGACAGACAACUUGACUUCCAGAGAGAGCGUUGCUGUGUUAGUCGAUUACGGCAAGCGUACCUCUCUGGAGUCAGCCGACGACAACCACGCGGUUGAUCCGCGCUGGAUAGCUUCGGCAAGAUCACGUGACAGAUCGAGCAACGAAAUGGGCUCUGAUGUGCUCAUGGAAACAUGGCCGCUUGGAUCGCCACGGAACGACCACGUUCAAGUACCCCCUGCUGCCGCCCGACGGGCAGAUGUGCAUGCUCCCACAGCCGUCUCCGACGUUGCCCCCUUCAGUGGGACAGUCUUGUACCAAACGGAGGCAUCCGGAGGAGAAGCGCCUCAUAGCGAACCCUGGGCUAAACGAGGCGCCGCCCUGUCGAGUAACGUCGACCUCAUCGUUCACCUCAGUCCUGACUGGCGGGCGGUGCAGGUUGUACGGCGGUGCUUCCAUAUGUUGGAGCAGUGUCGCUUCCAGAGUCCUUCGCUUAGGGAGGACGGGCGACGCAUGGUUUCUGCUGAGAUCAACACGGCCGUCAGAUCUCUUCUGUUCAAGAGUGUCCGCGAACAGUCGCGGGAGCAGGAUAGGGCGAGAAGGAGGUGUGCCCACAUGAUUCUGGGAGGCUUACAGAACCCUUGGCUGGGUGUCAACGAGGAUGAACUCAUGAACCACGACGAAAGCCAUCGCACAAUCGUGCGCUCUGAAGUUGAGUUGGCCUUGCAAAAGUACGUCCCGAAGGAUGUUGCGGAUGCCGGGGAGACAAUUGGUGAGGGCGCGGAUGUACCACCACCAAGGGCGUUUUCAACCAACGGGGGUACGAUGGCCAUCGGCGGUGGUUGCUUCCUGAUCCGCCCACCCAAAGUACCGCUACAGGAAGGCGGAAUAUCAUCACCUGCUCGAGACGAAGUGGAAGCAGCUCCUGGAGGCACCGAUGCGCCUUCAGGCAUUGCGGAGAGCGACCGCCAUGAUAGUACGGAAGAGGAGAGUGUCGCAACAGCUUCCGCUACCGCUGCAGCGGAAGAUAAGGUGACUGCUGUACUCACCGACCCUCAGCUACCCCUUGCCGGAAAUGACGUUACCCACUCGACGGGUAGUAGCCGUACUCCUCCGGACGUGACCUCCAACACAGCCAUCUAUGAGGGCGGCCAAACGCUAGCCAACAGCGACUCAUCUGCCACAGGUACAGCGGGCGACGGGGCUGGUCCUCCACCACGAAUCGGUCCGCUGCCGACAGCAACCGCCUUGCAUGGUGAGGCAACGCCGCCUCACACUUCUUCUACAGAGAGAUCUCUCGAGGGCAAUGGCAAUCAAGAAAUCGAUUUCCAAUUGGCAGUCUCAGCAAGCCGCAGUUCUGCCGACAACGAUGGGAUCGGAGAAACCGAUGGGCACAGCAAGGACACCUUGGCCCCACAGGCAGUGGCGGAAAACGCAAAGGAAACCCCCUCUCACGGUGAUGCCGUAACUGAUGAGGCAGGGGCUGUCGUGAGUGCAAAGCCGGGUGUAUCAACAGUGGAGACCGUGGUGACCUCGAGUACCAACGGGCGGGCAUCAUUCGCCAUCGAUGAUGCCGAUGACUCCACCGAAGCUAAAAGCAGGAAAUCGCGGGCUUCGCACGAAGAAGCGGCGAUCGCAGUAGUCGAUGGUUCAGACCAGCAAGUGGGAAACGGGAUUACAGCCGCGAGGGAUAUAUCGGAGGAGAGAACAGAGAAUACAACUGCAAACAGUUCAGCAUCGCCCGCAGUAAACACCAGGGAAGAGAGCAAGAUGGGUCUGACGGCCGACGGUUGCGGAGGAGACGAGCCUGGCGCGAAGCAAGACCCAAGCUUGCAACAGAGCGAUGGAGCCUCCAACGAAAGUUGCUCUAAUCCCGCGUUGAGAGGUCUCCUUCGAGACAUGACUUGCGCUGCCGAAUCGAUCGCCGCAGCCGCAAAGAUCCCCUUUACACGAGGCCAGCAACGAGGAGCGACAACGGUAACGUCUGGUUGCACGGCUAUUGUCUUCCUAGACGCUCCGCUAAUAACCCCAGGUCUCCAACCGCGGCGUCGCUUCGCCAAGAAGAAAGGCCUGGGCUUUUCUGCAAUACCGACGGAGGGGGCGUCGCUUCCUGACGAAGCGGUUGGGCGCAAAGCUUCUGUUCUCCAGAGCGCGGCGGUCUCAACCGAUGCCACUGCCACCACCGCUGCUACUGCUGUUGCGGAGUUCAAGCGAGGUAGCGGUGACUUGAACGUCGGCACCUACCCAGCGGCGGAAGCUGCCGUUUCCGUCGAACCUCUGGACGAUGGUGAUACACACAACGGUGACGGCGCCGGCUCCUCCGACGAAGAGCAUCCGGCAGGGCUGGGCGACCCAAGUGAAGUCCUCGAAGCGCUUCUGUCUUGGACAGAGGAAGGAGGUUGCUCGGUGGGCGGUCACAGAGAGGUUCUCUUGAUUUGUUGCGGGGGCGAUGACGCCCGGGACAAUGACAAGGGUGACCGGAACGCCAAUGGUGUGGAGAACCGACAACGAUCGGUUGACGAUGAUCCUGGUGGGGCGGUCAAAGGCCAGGAGAAGAGCGAAAGUGAAGAGAGCGCCCAUUCUCAUCUGGAUCAGGUGUUGCUGCAAACCCGAACGGUUCCAAAUUGUGAGGGCUUGUCCCGGUUGGCGGUGGCGUUUCGUCCUCCCUCACCCGGCACGACUCCCGCAGUUUUCCCACCGCAAGAAGAAAACGAGAAACGAUCCUCGGAGGGAACACUAGAAGGACAUCGUGUUGUACCACACCAGAAUGUUCCCCAUGUGGAAAAGGUGCGAGUACUAGUCGGCCCUGUGAUCGGUCGCGUUGGUCCUACCUCCGCCGUGGUGCUAGUUGAAGUUGGCGCCAAAUGUCCUGUGGCAGCGCAAAGGACAGCCGCAGCCGCCAGGCAGCGGCAGGGGCUCACCGACGCUGACAAAACUCCGCCGGAAGACGAUGUAGGGGUGCGAUUGGUGGACACGCUGACCAGUGAAAGCAGGGAGAUGUUCGGGGGUAGGAGGACCGGGGGGGAGCCGGGAAUUGGCCCUCGAGUUUUUGAGUUUGAAGGACUCACGCCUGGCCGACGGUACACGCUUCGGUUGUUGGGAGUCCGGCAGCAUGAUCAGGAAGCGCUGGAGGAGAUUCUGGCCGAUGUCCAAACGUCGCGGCCGACGGCAACAGCGAGGCUCGCCAUCGGCACCAUGGUGAAUGCUUCGAAGAUCGGCAACGCGCUUUAUCCGCUGGUGAUGGCGGAGAAGGGAUCGGAAUCGAGCAGGCCCGAGGGGGUGCCUAUCGGAGUCCGAGCGCUGAACGCUUUCCGCGAACUGUACCGCCACACGUGGAACGAUCCACAGAUGCGCAAGUUACUCGCCAAUACCUCCACAACGCCGUGCUCGGUCGGCGCCGGCGACCUGCUGCUACCCCUGCUGAGAAGGUUUCCGUCCGGCUGGCUACCGCUGCACUCCGCCCCCGUGAACCCCGCGUACGGAAACCUCAAAGGCGCCAGGGCAAGGGGGAGCACAACAACGACAAGAAAAUGGAGCAGAAGAAGAGGCAGAAGAAGAACGGUAUUGACGAGGGAGGCCAAGGAGGUCUCGAGGUGCCAGCACGAGGGUGGGGGUGUCGCGGGAGCGCUGGGAGCCGUGGCCAGGGCCGCCUUGCAAGCCUCGAAGGAGUACCAAGAGGCGUUGUUGGGUGGUUCAGCGAACUAUGGCGGUGGUGGCGGUGGCGGAUUUGAACGCUUCAGCAUGAUUGCCCGGGGGGGGAGCGCGUGCCGAGGGCCCCUGCCGACUUUCCAGCGGUGGGGGGCUGUUGGGGUGCUCAACAUUUCGGUCGCAUCCUCGCAGGUUGGUUGGGCGUUCGGAGGACGCGACGCUGGGCACGGGCUGUUGUCUCGGGAGACGUGGGCGUGGCUCGAAGAUUUCUUCCGGGCCCCCGAGCUAGGUUUGCAGGAAGGACCCGGUGUGAACACGCUCAUCAUCGCUACGGAUUCCCCGUUGCUCUGGCGGUCCGCCUCCUCCUUCUCCUCCUCCGUUGCUGCCGCCGCUGCGGCACGCGAACCGGCGGAUGGCGAGGAGGACCACCAUCUAGACGAAGGGGUCGGAGGACGGCAACGGAUGCCGCCCGGUCGCAUCGACGGCGUCGGUGCAGCGGCAGACAACUACGAUGGCGACAAGGAUGCCCCAGCCGAGGCUCCUUUCACUACUGCCGAGAGGGAGGUGCCGGCCGCUGCUGUUGCGCCCACCGUUGCAUCCGGUGCAUUGAGUCCCGGUGGCUCGAGUACCCAGGGUGCAUCUUCUCAGAGACGAAACCGAGCAGCUGCAGCAGGAACGGGGCAAGCACGAGGCACCCGGGGGAGGGUCUUCUCCGUCGUAUGCCCCGCGACGCGGGUGCGGAUGAACAUUCAGAGUUAUGUGAAGGACAGGGAGACCGGAAGGGUGGCGACGCAGUGGUGCCUGGCCUCCAAGGACACCGGCGACGAGGCCUGUAUUCCCAUGAACGGAAGCAUCGGUCCUCGCUUCUCCUUCACCCACUACCCCCAGGCGGGCAAGGCCAUCGGGCCGGGAGCAACGCUCGUGCGUCCGAUUCCCGACCCGUCCGCACCGUGCGUGAUGUUCCUCGGAAUGGUGGCUUUGGGAGGAGGGGGAGGCAGUGGCGAAGGCAGUGGUAUCGGUGGUGGUAGUGCCACCAGUGGGCCCGGGUUUGCGUUCGGUACUCUAGGACCGAUUCUAGGGGAGGUCGGCACUACUACAGCGCGGGUUUUGGUGGAGGUAUCAGUACCCAUGGAGCUGUGCCUGACUGUGCAGAAAUCGGGCAUCGCUAGGAACGGCAACGUGUCGCAGCCGAAGGGGCACAGGCAGCAGAUAACGAAAGUCAUUCGGAUCGCCCAUAGACCCGUCGUGUUCGAGGUCUCCGGCUUGAUCGCCGACACGAGGUACGAGCUCGACUUCUGGCCACUGGCGAACGCGAAUGAGUUCCGAGCAAACCUCCGAACGAGGCCGCUCCGACCAUCCAGCUUCAGGAUAGCCGCCUUCGGCGGCUCCCGACACCCGUUCGGGUUCAUCGUCCCAACCGUAACCACCACCACUCCCGCCGUUUCUGCUGGAAGACGAAAAGUCGCGAACUACAAUACAGGGCGUGAUAUGGCCGACCCGGACAGCGGGGCCGGUGAAAACACCGCCUCUCCCGGGAAAACGCUUCUGGUGCGAGAGAGGUGGCCCUUCCGUGCAUUGGAGGCCGGAGGAGGGCUCAGGGUCAUUGGCAGUGGCGUUGACGGUGAGGAUGCUGCUAUCAGCCGCCCAGAGUCUAACCGUGUGGCUGCGGCCAAGGCUGAGUCAGAGAGAGCCUGGAAGCACGACAGCGAUAGCGGCAGUGGAGGCGGUGGUGGAGACACGGCAGGGCUGGAGUGUGCGGAGGACUCCGGAGGGGGAUGGAGGCAUCCAGUGUCGACGGCGUUGGCGAUGGGGUUGUUGACGAACGGACCUUGCCUCGAGGAGAUGUCGCGCGAAAGCCUAUUCGGCAACGGCGGAAGCGAUGCGAUUUCCGUGUGCUUACGGUUCGGCCGCCUGAGCGCUUGGCAGGCCAUGGCGGACGAGGUUGAGCUGCCGGUUCAGGGCCUGGACCUGAUCAUCCACCUAGGAAACGAGAUAAAUGCGGCCGCCUCCCUGAACAGGGACGAGGUAGCCAAAGUCGCCGAACACUUCUCCCAGCACGCACGGUUGGGGGGGGUGGAACUCCCUUCGAAGGAGGCGGUCGAUCAGUCUGCGCGGAAGGAGGCGAGCGGCGCCAAAGCCGGGCGCUCACUUCUCGUGAAACCGCCCCAGCUGCCGGUGGAGGACCCGAUGGCUCUGGGAGAGAGAGAUGAAGAAGAUAUCGCCCAGCUGGAGGCGUUCAUAAUCAAGCUACACGACGAGGCUGAGAAGGACCGCAAGAGGGACGACGGCGACUUCCGCCACCGCCGCAUCGAAGAACCCCCCCUCGCAAUCCACACGCAACUCCCGGAAGACCAAGGAAAAGAAGAUGGAGGAGUGCCGUCUCACGGCGGCGCAAGUCCCGAUAGUGAGAGGGGCGGCGGUGCCAGAGACAGUGAGGACGGAGAUGGAGGAGGUGGUGAAUGCAAUGGAACCAUAACCAAGCGGUUUGAUGAUAAUCGCGUUGAUGGCGUGGACGGAGCAUGGGAGCUAGUUGCGGAAGAGGUGGCCGAGCGCGUGCGAGACCCGUAUCGUGUAGCAUGGGGGCUCCCGUGGGCCAAAGCAGUAAUGGCGAGUGCGCCCAAUACUUUGCUGGCCUUCACUCCAUUGGAUCUUGACGACGGGUGCCAGUCACUCUCCAUGCAACGCGUCGACGAGCACGGCGCUACUGUGCCGCGACAACGAGCCUCCACCGACGGCGUUGUCGAUUUAGACCACCCCGCUUCCGUAGCCCGAGUUCGGGAGGAACGCCUGCGCGCCUGGGUUGAAUAUCAGACCGCCCUUGCCUCCGGGGGUGGUAAGACCACCAAGAAAACUCCGGGCCUCGACACUGCAGCAAGCGCGGACGACAAGGGUGUCAACGACGGCGGGGGUGGGGGCAGUAGCAGCAAGAGCGACAAGAGAGAGACAGAUAGGGGGUCAUACCAAGAGUACGGUGGGGUCGGUGUGCUUAUGCUCGACGUGUGGGGCAACCAAUCGUGGAGGCUGGACGAGGCAGGGAUGGCAACGGCCAAGGGAGGCGAUGCCGAAGGCCCUGGGUUUCACCCUAAGGCUCUUCUGUCGAAAAAGCAGGAAAAGCUCGUCAAGAAGGCGUUAACUUCGUCCACAGCUAACGCGCUCGUAAUUUGUUCUGGGACGCCCAUGGUGGCCGAGCCCAUAGUCCACCCGAAGGCCCCGCCCUUAAGUGAAGCUGAGCAGAAGAGCAGAGAUAAAGCUCUCAACUUCGCCAAGAAGGAGCUCAAAAAGCUUGGCAAAGCCGGACUGGCAGAAAUAAAGAGGAUGGAGGAGGAAGAAAAGAUCCCUAAACUGGCGAUGUUGUCUCCGGAGGAGGUCGGUGCGAUGGAUGCCUUCUACGACGAGCUCAGGCCGUGCUAUCACUGGAGCUACCACUCCCCGUACCUCCAGGAACAGUCCGACGAGGAGGGCGAUGGGGACGGCGAUGACAUGGCCGUCAUCUUAGGCCCUGUGGUGGGUAGGGUGGAGGUGGUGAAGCAGUCGGGGACCGUGCGAGAAAGCUGCCGAGUCCCCGUGGUGGUCGAGGUGGACGGAGAGGGAGAGGUUACGUGCAUGGUGCGCGACGUUGCAACAUCCGAGACUUUUCGUGAGGUGCGGUGGAUGAAGCGGCGACGCCCAAGAGCGUUCUGGGUGCAAGGCCUGCGCCCCGCGCGACGGUACGCGAUUGAAUUCGAAGGUGUCUCGAACAGGAGAGAUCGAACCGGCUCUCUGACGACCCCAGACAGUUCUCGUCCAGACCUCACCCUGGUGGCCGUAUCUCACGACCGUCCUGGGGAGCUUCUCCCGGAAGGGAGCGAGACAAACAUGUGGAGCGCCCUGGGCGAGCGGCUACGCUCACCGUGGCAAGGCGUGGAAGCAGUCCUCCACCUCGGCGGCCAAGUGGAUCUCUCAAACGCUUUCGAGGACGGCAAGAUCUGCCUGGAGAAAAUUAGGGAACGAAGAAAAGCCGGAAAGGUGUCGGAGCGGGAGGAGGUGUCGACGAUGGAAGCACUGAAGGAGAGGUUUAGGGAGGAGUACCGCAAGGCAUGGAACCAGCCUUCGACGAGGCAGGUCCUGGCGUCCUGCCAGCACAUCAUGAUGUGGGGCCAGGGCGAAUGCCGCAGCGGGUACGGAAGGAGAGGACAUGCGGCGGUCUCUUCGUGGGCUGGCAGGAGACUGCUGCGUGCGGCGAAAGAGGUGUUCUAUGAAUACCAAAGGCAGCUUUGGGAUCCGUUGUGGGGCUGCCCGUUUCAGGUUGGGGACAACGAGUCGUUCUACACGACGUUCCUCGGGGGUACCGUAGGCAUCUUGUAUCUCGAUGCGCUCGAGCUCUCUCCCCAAUGGGACUACGGCGGCGGUACCAGUAUUGGCAGCAGUGCCACCAGCAAGAAGGGUACCGGUAGUAAAACAGUAAGCUCACUGUCCACUCCGGAUUUGGGGGCUACUGCUGAGGGAGGAGCACGAGACACGGGAGAAGGACGAAGAUCUUCACGUACAGAGAAACCAUCUAUUGGGGACUCUCAGUGGCAGCGCUUGAGGAAAACCCUCGAGCAGCAGGAAGAACUUGUGACACUGAUCGUGGUGACAGAAACCCCCAUCGCCUGGCAUGACACCGAGGCGUUUGUAGCGGAGACAAAGGACGCGGGCACCGGUGGCAACGCCAGCGGCAGCGACAAGCCGCCAUCGCACCUAGAAGACCACUGGGCCUCGCGGCCCGUCCAACAGCGCGCUCUCCUCUUGCGCCUGCUGCGGUGGAAGGCCGACAACGGAGGCAAGGAAGUCGUCCUCCUCGCCGGGGCCGGGCUCGCCGAAGGCUGCACCGCGGCGGAAACCAGGCUCGAGUACAAGCUGCCCUCUUUGCCGCAGCCGUUGUCGGAGAGGAAGGGGCAGGAGGGAGGGAAGCAGGUGGAUGGUGGUGGGCAAGUGGACGAAGAAGACCAGAAACAGGCCCACAAGAGCGCCAAGCGCCGUCUGAUUGGAAUCGAGCAGGUGAUUGCUGACGAGGACGAGGAGGGACCGAUUGGCGUCGUGGACAGCGCAUUGGUGACGUCCUUGUCCCUAGACAUGAACCAUCCUACCAAAGAGCUGGCGCGCCCCCCCGGCUGGUGGUCAAGACGCUGCAUCGGUGACAGGGCUGUUUUCCGAACUCUACCGGCGGAAGUGGCUGACGAGCUGGCCUACGUUCACGACCAAAUGAUCCUCGACUUCCUGAUGAUUAAGGCGUGUCCGGAAGUGAAGGCGUCGGCUCUGGACACAGCGGAGAAAUGGGAAGAGGUCUGCCGACAGAUUUGCAUCCAAGCGGCAUAUAUUCGGGUGGCCGCGUUGUGGGCAGAAGAGGAAGAGGAGGUCGUAUUGAUGGCGGACGCCCGUGCCGAGGAGGGAGUGCGUAAGGCGGAAGCGAAGCUGAGAAAACAGCGUGAGCAGGAGGUCAAAGACGCCGAAAAAGAUGCCGCUGAGAUGGCCCACCUCAUGGCGAAUGACCCCGAGGCUCACAUGAGGAGAGUCGUCCAAAAGCGAGCUGACGACGCGGACAGGCGAAGGCGCGAGGCUAAGGCCAAGGACGAGGAUCAGUCGGUGGCCAACGAGGAGCGCAAGACCCUUGAGAACAAGAAGGCCAUGGACAAGGAGAGGCUUGCGAAAGAGGCUAAGGAAAAGGAGGCAAGAGAACAGCAAGAGCUGAAUGAGCUAGCGGACUCGGACCCAGCCGAGUACGACCGGCGGAUCAAGGAGUGGCACAAGAGAAAGAUCGAGGGGAGGGAUGGGACUUCGAGCAGCCUGGGCGGCGACGCAGUGGACCAUACAGAGAGCGGCGACCUGGAGCGAAGGAAAUCGCUGGCGCGGGAGAGAAGGUCGGCAAGGAGGGUCGCGAUGCAGACGCGACCGUCGAUCGGUAUUCCCAAGAAGUAG